AUGGUCUCGCCCGGUGAUCUUGUUGUCGUCUUCCAGGGACAGCACAUACCUGCCGAUGGCGUUGCGGUCAGCUCAGACUCAGUUCUUAUCACCGAAGCCUGGCUUAACGGUUCAAACUUACCGCGAACGGUUCGUCUCGGCGAUGCUGUGUUCGCUGGGUGCCGUGUCGAGCACGGGACACUGGUUCUUGCAGUCGAAUCCUGUAAUCUCUCCACACGGUUGGGUGCGAUGUUGGAAUCUGUCGUAUCUGGGGAACUCAAACCCCAGGAAUCGCGCAUUGACCGUGCAACCAAGUACUUCACUACAGCCAUCAUUGUCUUUGCGGCUGCCGUAUGUGCCGCACAAGGCUACUCUUUACCCGAAGGCAACUUGACGGAGAUGCUUGGACGGGCAUCGGGCAUCAUGUUGGCUGCAUGCCCUUGUGCCUUGAGCUUGAGUGUUCCCACUUGCAAGUUGCUAGCGACAGUGAGAGCGUCAAAGGCUGGCAUCCGGCUAGUUACCUCGUACAGUCGAUUCAAGGAUGUGGCAAGCGUCCGAACACUCCUCUUCGACAAAACAGGAACACUCACACACGGCGACCUACGCGUCCGAUACGUUUCCCUUGCACCAUAUCCGUCACUUCAGAGCGCUCUCAUCUGGAGAGCUAUCUGGGAGCUGGAAAAGGAUGUUCAGCAUCCAGUCGCGCAUGCUAUUGUCCGCGAGAGCCUUCGGCAGAUGGACAGCCUAGGUGCCCCGCCGCCCACAGAAACAACUCCAGACGCGCUCGUGUCUGAAGUGUUGCAUGAGCUCGGUCGUGGGGUCCAAGGCACUGUGACUUCUACAAUCUCGUCAAGUAAAUGGCACCUAGCUAUCGGGAGCCGCAAGUUCAUCGAAACAUUGGGCGUCCAAGUUGACUUUGCCAAUAUCCCUGCGGACUUGAGGUGCGCAGUUACCACCCCAGUUGUUGUGGCCAUCAACGGAACGCAAGUCGGCGUACUUGUCUUCGAAGAUGUGGUUCGGUCUGAGGCCAUACCCGUCAUAAAGGAGCUGAAGGAGAUGGGCAUCAACGUUGGCAUGAUCACGGGCGACAAUGCUGCCUCCGCAACUGUGGUGUCGCGCCAAGUGGGCAUAGACGCCGACAUGGUUUUCGCCAACUCGCUACCACAGGACAAAGCAGAGGUGGUUGCCCGAUUUCGUCGUCACGGGCCAGUCUUAGUCGUUGGAGACAACCUCAAUGACCUUCCGUGUUUCAUGUCAGCGUCUUUCAGUGUCUGCGUUUCUGACCGAGAGAUGGCGUUUGGAGAUUUCGAUGCCGCAGAUGCGACUCUAACUCCAUUCACAACCGAAAACCGUAAGUCAGAUCCGGAGUUUUUGAGACACAUUCCCUUUCUCGUCUAUCUAUCACGGCGAACUGCUAGAGUUGUUUCGCAGAACAUGUGGUGGGCAGCAGCUUACAACGGACUCUCACUCCUUUGGGCUUCAGGUAUUAUUGGUUCUACAAAGCCUUUGCCUUCUGUUUGGUUCAGCCUGGGCAUGGGCUUCAGUAGUGCCGUUGUUCUCUUGAAUAGUUCGAGGAUUGGAAGGGAAAGCAAUGUUUUGUCAUUCUCUGAGUAG